UUAUUUGAACCCCGCCUCGUAAUCUCCAAGAUCACGUGGAUUAGAUCCUAAGCACCCGUUUGCUCAGUCGAAUCCAUAAAAUCCAUUCAACUUUUAACUUUUCCCGAUGAUUAUGCAUUAUUGAGUAUACACUCACCCCCCAAAACAGCAAGACCUCCAGAGCCAUGGGACAAAUUCUUGAAAAAGUUCAAGGGAAGGAAUGGAAAGAAAGACAGAUACAAAUGAUUAGCAACAAAAUUUUUAAUCGUGUCAAGAGUGAUACUGGAAAGACUAAUCUGACAUUUGAAGAGCUCUAUAUUGCUGUGUUACUUGUUUACAAUGAUCUUAAUAAGCGUUUACCUGGUCCUCAUUUUGACCCCCCUUCAAAGGAGGAAAUUAAGAAUCUGAUGCAGGAGAGUGAUAUAAACCUUGAUGGUGAACUGGACCGCGAAGAAUUUGUAAAGUUCAUCCGCCGGCUAACAAAGGACACAUUUUUCACAGUGAGUCAGGGAUUGAUCCUUACUCUGGCUGUUGCUCCAACAGUGGCCUUGCUGACAAAAAGGACAACGGAGAAUGUCCCAGGUGUCGGCAAAGUGGUGCAGAAAAUACCCAAUUCAGUCUAUGCAUCCCUCGUGACCCUUGUUAUCGUUGCAUUUCAACAAGGUGCUGAGAGGUCAUAAAGACUCAAAUUCUUUCGACUUUGUUAUGUAAAGAUGGCUGCUUGUUUUCAUGCUAGUAGGAUUGGCUGAUCAAUACGUUGCUUCCUGGUGCUUAAUAAAACAAUGCAGGAUCCUAAGUAAAUAAUGUGUUUAAGUUGGCAAUUUGUCGAAGUUAUUGUUGCCUUCAUAGCUUUAAAUUUCUGUUCUGAAUAACAUGUAAGUAUGAUUUUUCUGCUGUAGUACUACACAGUGAUGGAGAAUCUCUCUUGUCAAAAGUGGCUUGUGUCCCAGUUUCUGUUGUGGUCUUUGCCUGUGUUUUCACCAUUCACUGCCUUAGCAUGUCUGGUGUCCAUGGAAACACUAGGUUCCAAGUUCA